AUGGUUGUGAAGGAGAACGACAGCGUCAUUCUAUACACGGACCAAGAGAACAUUGAUCUUGUGAAGCUCAGAAAAGAUGGAGUUCUGACGAACAAAAAAGGAACCUUUCUACAUAAGGACAUAAUAGGAAAAAACUAUGGAAGCAAAAUAUACGACAGUGGGUGUAGGAAUUAUAUUUAUGUAUUAAGAAGGACCCCAGAAUUUAUAGCCCAAAGUUUAAAAAAGAAAACGCAAACAUUGUAUGAACAUGAUAUAUCAUUUAUCUGUUUAUUGUGUAAUGCUUUGCCAAAUAAAAAAAUAAUUGAAGCUGGAACUGGUACGGGUUGCUUGACCUACGCGCUAGCGAGUUGUGUUUUGCCAAAAGGAAUUGUUCACACCUUCGAAUAUAAUGAAGAACGUUAUCUAGAAGUAAAAAACGAAUUUUCUAAUUUUGAAAAUGUAAAAAAUAAUAUCCAAUUUCACCACAAAGAUGUAAUAAAUGAUUCCUUUGUACAGUUUGAACCUGAAGAAAUAGAUUCUGUUUUUUUGGACAUGCCUAAUCCAUGGCUUUGUGUCCCUAGCAUAAAAAGGGUCCUCAAGGAAAGAGGUUCUUUUGUUAUUUUUCUUCCAUGCAUUGAACAGGUCUACAAAAUUAUUGAAGCACUAGAACAGAAUGAGUUCUGCGAAAUUGUUACUUACGAACUCGUCAACAAAUCUUGGGAAAUUAUUCUUAAUGAAGGAUCUUCAACCCGAUCAAAAAGAGAAAACUACUCCAAGGUAGACAGGACUAAUGAAACGAGUCAUCCUGAAGGCGACGGGAAGAACCUGUCUGGGGCCCAGGUAGUCACAGGUAAUCCAUUGUAUAGACUUCGGCAGAAGGAGAACAAGACGCAUACAGGCUACUUGAUCUUUUCAAGGAAACAGCUUAGCGAUGAACACGAGCAGAUGGAAAUUGAGAUGAAGGGUCUUUAG